CUUCAAUCAGCCUUACCUCACUCCUUGCGUCACGUGGUGCGUCUCUGACUGGGUGGUGGGCGUGUCUUAGACGGUGGGGUUUCAUUCAUAAAUACUUUAAGCUUUAAAAUCCACAUUAAAGUGAUCAUAGAAGAGUUUCACGGUAUUGGCUUUGCCCCUCCACCCCUGCAUGGACCAGGCUGGUUGAGUAGCCAUGCAGCACUGCCAUCCUUCUGUUGCUUCGAGGCCAGCGGGCCAGUCCUGAAGGGGAAAACGCCGCUGCUCAGUCUCAGUCGGCUGGCGAGGCUGAGACGGCUGAGGAUGCAGCAAGGGAGCUGAGGAGGACACUCCUGAGCCACAGCUUAACACACACAUCCAGAGCUGCUGCUACGCACUGCCCUCCAUCAGGGGGACUCUCUAGUUGGCCUGGACCAUGAGCAAUGAGUCUACCAUCUGGAACAUCCUACCAGAAAACUCCACAGAGAUCCCAGUAACGGCAGAGGAGCAGCAAGAUGGCUCCGUGCUCCCCUUGGUGAUCCUUUCCGUCUUCCUGGUAGGAACUUUGAUCUCCGUCUCAGUCCUCCUCAUCGCCUUCCGUCGCUGCUGUCGAGGAGGACAAUUCUGUGCCAGGGCCAGCGAUGACCCUGAGAAAACCAACACCACCUACUUGGAGGAGUCUCAGCCCACCCAUGAAAUCACCAUCAGGGUGGAUGAGUCGGAGUGUCUGUCGAUGGCCAGCUCUCACGACCAAGAGACCGAGCGCUUCCUCUCCACCUGCACCACCGGCCGCCGUGUCUCCUUCAAUGAGGCUGCGCUCUUUGAUCAUGGCAAGAAGGCUCAGGAGAAGGGCCGCAGGUACACUCUGACUGAGGGCGACUUUCACCACCUGAAGAACGCCCGGCUCACAAACCUCAACUUCCCUUCUCCAGCCCUCAAGAUAGUCACUAUCCAUGAGUGUGACUCGGCUGAGAACAGCAUCACCAUGACAACAACACGCCCUGUUGCUAAGUCAGCCCUUUCCAUCUUCCAGCCGAUGCUGUGCCCUCUGCCACAAACAGCGUUGACCAGCCUGAGUGUCAAUCCCAGCUGUGCCCUCCCUGGAGACGCCCUCAACUCGGUGGUGGGCACCAGCUUCAAUGACAAAAACAUGGCUCUCAGCACUAAGGGGCCAAGCUCAAUCGAGAUAAUGGGAGUGGGGCCCAGGGGCAGAGGCAGCAGCAUUAGUGUCGGAGAAGGGGUCUUGGUGGGGAGCUGCGCCUCCACUUCUGCCGGCAUUGCAGGAGGCCAGGGGCCCGUGCUGCAGUUCUUCACCAAACUGCGGCGCCAUGCUAGCCUGGAGGGGGCCAGUCCCUACUUUAAGAUCAAGAAAUGGAAGCUGGACAGCAGCCAGAGAGCCUCCAGUCUGGACACCAGAGGCUCUCCAAAGAGGAGACAGUUCCAGCGCCAGCGGGCGGCAAGUGAGAGCAUGGACCAGGACGACAACGACGCACACCACAUAGACCUCAUCCAGUACAUCGCUCGCACUCAGGACAUCCCCUACUGUCCCAGUCAGCCAACCACACGCCUCCUCUCACCUCCUUCCACACCACCGCCCUCCCUCGGCAGGGUAGAGGUAGAGGUCAUAGUGGAGCCCAGCUGCGGCCAUGGAGGACCAGGGGUGAUUGGCCUAUCCCCUGAUCCCCAAGAUGAAGGCCUGUCCCUGGAAAGAAGGGAAGGCGCAGACCCCUUGGACCCCCCAGAUGCCCAGGACCCCCUGACCCUUUACAAAGACAUCUGGACCCUUCGUGCCUCACUCGAACAGUACGCCGCCUCCGACCAGAGCAGCAACAAUGACAGGAACUCUGUCUGCAGCGAUGCCGACAGUGUGUGUUCGCUGAGCGGACGCACAGAGACGGAAAGAGGAGGGCUCCCAAGGUAUCCAUCCCAGGAUUUAGGAGAUGAAGCAGAGGGUGGAGAGGAUGACAAGGACAUUUUGAUGUACACGGAGCAGAGGUUAGGUGUGAAAGAAGGGAAAAAGAGAAAACUGGGAGGCAAAGAACCAGAGCGAAGGGGUAGUGAUGGAGAAACAGGGACUCGUAAAUUGCUGCAGAUGGACAGCGGCUACGCGUCCAUAGAGGCUCCGUCUCGAGGUCCAGAGGAGCUGAGACUGUUCGGGAGCAACAACGGCAGCCCCAAAGACAAAACAGCUCACGAGAAAAGGCACCACUUCACCAACGCAGGGCGAAGUGGCACUAUCGGUGAGAGCUUUGAGUCUCAUCUCUUUGAGGAGGAGCCAGAAGAAGAGGUGUUGUUGGGUGCCAGUGGAGGAGUUCCCAUAGAAACAGGUGCUGCCGCACUGAGCUGGUCUCCACAUGGUCAAAUGCUCACACCCAGUGAGGCUGCACAGCCUUCAACUCAACCGCCAAUAUUGCACCGACGAGACUACAGCAUAGACGAGAAGACUGACGCCCUCUUCCACGAGUUUCUCCGUCAUGACCCUCAGUUUGACCAGCAGGAGUCACCGCUAAGGAAGCAUCGAUCCCGAAUCCACCUCCGCAAGCAGUGGCAGCGCCACAAGCAGUGGAGUGACCCUGGUGUCAGACACUUUCAUUCCUCUUUUGAAAGACAGCGUACCCCUCUACGGAGGGGUGAAAGUGUGAACUACCCAUUGGAGACAAGCUACCACAGUACGCUCCCCCGAAUCGUUAGCGCUCCCGACGAGGAGAAUAGCGACGGCACCAUCAGCACCCCUGAUACCCCAAAGGUGGAGCCUACAACAACUGGCCACAGGGGAGAGGAGCAGGGUGUCAGCGUUAGACACACAGAGGACAGUGUCUCCUCCUUCCAACCACCUCUCGCACACUCCGUCUCAGAGAAAGAUGGAGGACAAGGUGAGCACCAUGAUCAUCAGGAGGACAUCAAACCGUCUGCACUCCCCCCCGAACCCGCAGACGAGCGCUCACCGCCUCAGCUGCCGGACUCCUUAGGCUACGGCCCGCAGACCGUAACAGCAGACCUCAUGGACAAACUGACUGCUCACCUGGACGAGAGGUUGUACACGGGCCUCCGCAGGGUCAAAGACACGACCGUUGAGUGUGUGACGGUGACGGCUACACACGCUUCUCCAGACCACAGCCCAGUGUAGCAGGGCUCCGUUGACCUCCUCAUCAACUUCACUCCUGCUGAUGCACACUAUUUCUUUUGUGUUUGUUUGUCUUGCCUCUUUUUAAGUGUCUCUCAAUAUACAGCUUGAAUGGUGUGAUCCAGAUUCAGAAACGCGCUAUUGAGAAUAUGCUUUACAAAAAUCCAUACUUGAACACAGGAUUCAUUUAAAUGCUGUUCAUCAACUAGAAAUUCAGUCAGUGUCUUUUUAUGCCUGUUAUCAUUACAAAGCAGGUUAAUGUUGCAGUCAAGCUACAAUCCAUAAUACUGUAAGAUGAAGCAUAGCUAACACAUGGUUACAGUAAUAACAGUAUCUGUCUGUUUGUCUCUCCUGCUGUCAUUCCCGUCUCUGCUCUCCAAUAUGAAUAACAUGCUGAGAGCCAGUAUGGCCUUCGCACUCAUUGAUCCACUGUGAAACCAGGUGCUAUUAGACAAGAAGAAAGUGACAGAUCUGGAUGUAACAAUUAGCCCUCCUAGUCCUCCAAUCAGGAUUAGGUGAACUUGUCGUGAGAAAAAGAAUAAUUUAGAAUAGCAAAAUUGAUCUACCAAAGCUAAUAGGCAUACUGUAAUAGUAGAGAUCAGUAGUUUCAAAUCUAUGGAGAUCCCAAGAGAAGUGAGAUAAAUUACUAAGAGAUGUAGCCUACGUUUCAGUCACAUUGAAAACAAACAUUGCAGUUGCUUGGAGCAGUUAACAUUAUUCACAAAGACUGAUAAAAAAAUGUCAUUAUUUGAAUUAGAGAUGUGGUUUCUACAUGUUCACAUUCAACCACCUGCCCAGCUACAUCACUUUCACCCAGAGCCAUUUUUUCUGUGGCUAUUCUUCCUGGUUGUAGCUAUUAAGCUAUCUCUGUAGUAAGAUAACGUCCCCAUGGCUGAUAAAAUAACAUCUCAUACUAAGCUGUGGUUGGUGGAUUGUUUUUCUCGUACUGCAAAAUAGACGUAAAGAUCUUAAACCAGUAGAAUUCAUUGGGACCAUUAGCAGAACGGUGAUGGGUAUGAGUCAUUUGAUUUAAACGUUGGGAACCCAUUUGUUUAGAUUGAUGGAAAACAAAUACAGUCUUAACAAUGGCCAGAACAAAAAGGUCCCAUGAAGUCUUAUUUUGAAAGGGAUGCUAUCCUAAAAGUUACUUAGGUUGUCUAUAUCUUCCAAAGUUUUGAUUUUUUUUUUCUUCUCAGUUAAAAUGUCUAUCCAUAGAAACAUACAUUGAGUAAUAGACCUGGGGAAAAAACAUUGCUGUGAAAACACUCUGAAAUGUCUCCUUAAUGUUGAAUCUUUAAUGAUUUUGGCCCGGGGAACAAAGGACUAUGGAGCUAUUGUCUUAAUCAGCCGUGUGACUUGUUAUGUUUGUUUGUUUGUUAUUCACUGAAAAUGCUUCUCAGCUUUAGGACAACCGUGUUGUUCAUUUCUUACAAGUUUGUUGUAUGAAUUUUGAUCUAUUUUUGAACGUCUGCACUGCUUAAAUGACCGUAAAAAGAAGGACAGGCUCCACAGCAACUGACAGAACUCGCAAACCAAACAGCCGCUUACACUCAGAUGCCUCUGUAUCAUCCACAUAUAUAGAAUACAUUUACAUUUCACUAAGCUCAUCAACACUGACAUGACCUAUGUCCCAAUAAGAAGAACAAACUCAGUUUUGUGCCAUGAGGAAUGCGUUUACAUUAAAGCUAACAGACAAGAGCGCUUCAAUUACAGAUGUCUGGUGUUUAUUGGUCUUAUCAGAAAGGCAUGCUUUCUUGUGCAUGGGGCUCACAGAACAGGCUUUAUUUGUCCCCGUCUGACAUUCUUGUUUUCCCCUCCUCCUCCUCCUCCUCCUCCUCCUCUUCUUUGCCUGAGAAAGUUGUCAGUGCUGUAGAUGUCUCCUAUGUGGAGGCCUAGGAUGUUACUUCCUGCCAGCUUGUAAAAGCAGAGUAAACAAAGAUGGUAUUUAUAGUGAUGGCCAUUUUAUUUUCUCCUUAUUUGGUUAAAAAAAAAAUACAAA